AUGAAAAAAGAAAAAAGAAAAAGACUUAUUGAGAUGAUUGCAGAAUUUGAUGUAGUAAUGCAAGAGCAUGUUAGACGUGUUCAAAAUCAUGAAGUUCAUUAUCAUUAUCUUAGCAACAAAAUACAAAAUGAGUUGAUUUCUCGUUUAGGCCUUGCUGUUAGGAGCUCUAUCAUUAAGAAAAUUAAAGAAGCAAAAUAUUUUUCUGUAAUUCUUGAUUGUACUCCAGAUAUAAGUCAUCAAGAACAAAUGGUCCUAGUUGUACGUUGUGUGAAUAUGUCCAGUAAUCAAAUAAAGAUAGAAGAGUACUUCUUGGAAUUUGUGAAGGUAGAUGAUACAUCUGGACUGGGGCUCUUUAAUGAAUUGUUAAGUGUAUUACAAUUACUUGAUCUUGAUGUUGAUGAUAUUAGAGGCCAAGGUUAUGAUAACGGUUCUAACAUGAAAGGUAAACAUCAAGGUGUUCAGAAAAGAUUACUUGAAAUUAAUCCGAGAGCAUUAUAUAUGCCAUGUGCUUGCCAUAGUCUCAAUCUUACUCUUAGUGAUAUGGCACAUUCAUGUGUUAAAGCUAUCUCAUUUUUUGGAGUUGUGCAACGUAUAUAUUCAUUAUUUUCGAGUUCUACUAAGAGGUGGAAGAUUUUAAUUGAUAAUGUUCCAUCAUUUACUGUGAAAUCUUUGUGUAAUACUCGUUGGGAGAGUAGAGUGAAAAGUGUAAAAGCCAUUAGAUUUCAAGCUCCUCACAUAAGAUUGGCUUUGUUAGAAUUAUAUAAAACUUCAGAAGAUGCGAAAACAAAGAGUGAAGCUGAAAGUUUGGUCACUGCAAUUGAGAACUUUGAAUUUUUACUUGGUAUGAUUAUUUGGUAUGAUGUUUUGUUUGCUAUUAACAUGGUGAGAGACGUGAUGUUAUAUUUUGAAAAUUUUAGAAAUGAUGGGUUUGAGAAGAGUUUGGAUAUUGCUAGAAGUGUUGCAUUUGAUAUGAAUGUGGAUCCUACAUUUCCAACAAAACGUCGUAUCAUUAGGAAAAAACAACCUGGUGAAACUGAUCAUGAUGAAGAAAUACAAUCCAAAGAGGAGUCUUUUAGAGUUAAUUAUUUUUUAAUUGUUGUGGAUAUGGCAAUCAAUUCAUUAAAAGAGAGAUUUGAACAACUAAAGACAUUUGAAAGUAUUUUUGGGUUUUUAUGUGAUUCAGAUACUUUGAAGUCAUUGGAUGAUAGUAAAUUAAGAAAUUGUUGCAAUCAUCUUGAAAGUGUUUUAUCUCAUAAUGAUUCAUCUGAUAUUGAUCUUAAUGAUAUGUUUUCUGAAUUAAGAGUGCUACAAAAAACUUUACCAGAAGUGUCAAUGACAGCAAUCCAAAUUUUGGAAUUUGUUAAGCAAGCUGAUUGUUAUCCAAAUGUUUCAAUUGCCUAUCGAAUCUUAUUAACUGUGCAUGUAUCUGUAGCAACAGCGGAGAGAAGUUUUUCAAAAUUGAAGUUGGUCAAAACCUACUUGCGUUCAAUAAUGGCACAAGAAAGAUUGAACAAUUUGGCUAUUCUAAGCAUCGAGAAUGAGAUGUUACAAGACAUAGACGUUGAUUGUAUUAUUAAUGACUUUGCAUCAAAUAAUGCUCGAAGAAAUUGUUUUAAGUAA